AUGCAAAACAGCAGUGUUACACAAAGACGCCCCUCUGCAUCUUCUGCUCUGCCAGGCUCCAGCUGCUUGACAAUGAACAAAGACCACGUUUCAUAUAGUAUCACGCAUACAGCAUAUGCAAAACAUGAAGGUACUGGUAUCUCAAAACUUUACAAUGAAGCAUGGGGUCUUUAUGAGAACAAACCUGCUCGUCGGGGUCAAAGCGAUCUUGUGUCAAAGUAUGAAGUCCAUCGUGGCCAACCCCAGAUUUCGCAAAUGUCGCCACCAGCCAAAGUGGAUCGACCUCUUGAAUUUUUUUCGACGACGACUCCAAAAUAUUUUUUGGCUGAUCGCUUUGACCCCGCCGAGCAACAUUGUCCUCUUAAAGACCUCACGGUUGAUUGUAAAGUUUUGAGAUAUGACUGUCUUUAUGUCUUACAUAUGCUGUAA